GGCUUUCUGCCCAGAAUGUUCCUUUCUUCCGGCUGGCUCCCGGCAUCACUCCGCCUUUUGCUUUGCCCCUUUCAUCGCCAAUGGAAACCACGCGGAGUUCCAAAAGCAGCUCAGAACUCCGGCUGGAGAAUCCCUUCUCCCUCAAGGUUGCACAGGUCUUCACGGGGUUUGGCAUCGGCUGUGGGGUCGGCAUAGGCGUCGGCCGACCUAUAUAUCUAGGUGCAAUACCGGCAAUUCAGCAUGUCUUGACGGCUGCUAGAGGUGCAACCGAUGCUUUUUCUGGAGUUGGAAGACACAUUAAUAGUUCUCUGAGGAAGUUGGGCUUGAAGAACAUUGAAGUUGGUGUUGGUUGCGGAGUUGGUGUAGGACAUGGCUUUGGUGUUGGACUUGCCUUGAAGCCUGGAAUGGUUAACCGGAUCCAGAAUAGUUUUGGGGAAGUGCUUGAGAAGGUUAUGAUAAAUGUAGGAAGUAUGCCCGUCUUAGCUUCUAUCCAAGGCGCCAUCUCUGGACCUGGUAAAAGCAAGGUGAACACCCUAAGUGGAACUCCUGCCGGGAAUGCAGAAGUCUCGAGUGACAAGGUGUCAGAUUUAAAGUUUGGAAAUACUUAUACAGGACCUACUGAAGAAGUUAUGCAUAAUUCAUAUGCAUCCAAAGAGCAGGUACCAGAAAGAUCAAUUACAAGUCACACUGAAAGGGUGAUCAACAAUUUCUUGCAGGAUCCCCUUUUCAAGGAUUCUGAGAUGAAAGUUAAUGAAAUGGUUGGAAAUUUGCACUUGGAAAACAAUGUGCUUGAAGUGCUGCUGACCCACCAGAGAGUCAUUGAAGAGUUGAUCGAGGAGAAUCAGAGACUGCAACAGAUACUCGAGGAGGAUUUGAAAAUUCCACCUUCCAAACUACAAAUCAAGCGUGGCAAUAAAGCAAAUGAUCAUUACCCAUGUUCCGACUGUUUUGAAUGCCGAAGGAGAAGACAAAAGACAAGAAGUUAGGAAAUACAUGAGAUUUUGCAUGGACAAGGUCUCGCCGUUUUACCACUCACCGUGCCUCGGGGAAAUAAUGUGGUUUUCAUUAUUAUUUGUUAUAAUCUAGAUAUCAACCUCUUGCUAUGGGAUUAAUCUCGGAGAUAAUUGGUAUGAUCUUACGAAGAUUUUUAAUAAACUAUUAAGAUGAAUUAAAAAGUAUAUAUGUAUCUUAGUGGAUGGUCAGUGCCAUAAGUUUUUUAAACUUCUCAAUUGUAAUGUGCCCCGUGUGAGAUUUGGAUUCUCAUCAGAGCUCGGGGCAACAAUGUUGUUAUUUUUUUUACGAACUGACUAUUUAUAGAGAUGAUUAACUUGAUUC